AUGUACCAGCGAGAAGGAACAGCACCGCCCCAUUUCGUGGGCGUCUAUGUGCCGCUCGAGGGCACGAGGCUGCUCGAGGUUGCGGGCACGGCUUCGCUCAUGGCACGCAACUCCUGUGCGAUGACCGGGCAGCCCGGGUCUCACUUCUUCGAGUUGGACGUGGCGAGCGAGGCCCACAUAUUUGGGCCUGCACACGGACACGGGCACAUGCGCCAUGAGAGGUACGGCAGCACCACGUCAUUCCCCGCUGCAUCCCCGCCCCUCCGCGCCAUGAAGAACGAGGUGCACGGUAUCGCGCCGUCUGCGCAUCCGCCUGGGCUCGUUGUCCUCGGACUCGGCUCCGCCUCCGGUUCAGGCUCUGCUGCUAGGGGCAGUCCCAACCCGAAGACACCGAAGAAGAGCGAGCUGAUUUGCUGGGUGCGCGAGCGCACGCGCUCCAAGGCGUCUGUCCCUGGCAGUAUCACGGCAUUCGUUGCCUCGUCAGUCUUGCUCACGAGCUCGGCGAUGGGCUCGCAUGUCCCCUCUGCAUUUUCUCCUGCUCAUCAUCACCAGCAGCAGCAGGACAGCGACUUCAACCUCAAAUCCUUCCGACAUGUCCGGGCGACCUCCCCCGCGUUGCCGACAACACCGAUGGAGAGACCGGGGCCGUUGUUCUCGAGCUACAACGAAGCUAACACAAUCUCACACCACCCACGCGCCCGCGCCCGAGAGAGAACAGCGUGGCGAGCGACACGUUGCCACGUUCCGCGAGGCGCAGGCGCGCCGCUCGUGCGCGGCUUCUCAGGCGUUUGGCACAGCGCUGGUACCGGGGGUGCAGCUGCUGCCGCCGCCUGUGGCAAGGAGCAAGGCGCCGUUGUUUGGGGCGGGGGCGUGGAGUAG